CAUUCCCUGCCGAGGGGUGACUGCAAAUAGAAAAAUUAACUUAAAUAUAUUUUUUAUAAUCUGAGUAAUUUUAAUAUCAGAAAAGUUGAGUGAGAAACGAUAAUGGUAAUUCAGUCUCGUCUAGACAACUCCAACAAUAUGGUUGCAUCUCCUUACGUUUCCCCUCGAUAUCAGAACAUUUAUCUUCUUAAGGAUGCAGAAGUGAAAAAGGUUGGGACCCCAACUGGGUAACAUAGGCACAUACAGGUAGAAAACUCACCAACUUUAUAGACCUCGUCUUGCCAUGUCGCUCUUCGAGAAAGGACGAUGGUAAAGAACUUGGUAACAUUUAAAUGCGCUGUCGACCCUUAUAUUUUCUUCAGCGCCGUACAUUGUUUGGAAAAUGUGCACGAAAAGAAGUUGGACUAAAAGAACGGAGCAAAACAAUAAUAUGGAAAAAACAAAAGACAUAUAUAUGUACAUAUGUAUUUACUAACAGAAAUAUAAACUCAGGGAUUUAAUGCGCAGAUGCCACAACGGGCAAAUCUUUCUCUGUUUCUUGUUUCUGGUUUCUCCCUCUCUGCAGCACAUUAUUAAUUUAACACAUUGCGGCACAAAGCAGAAUACCAAGGAUACGAACAGAUGUUGAUAGUUCGUUGCAUUGUAGGUAACUGCCGAAUGCGUUGAUGUGCAGUUGAGUAUUGACUUUUUCCCGUGACGGACGCAUUAAAACAGUGGGAACAUCAAGCAGCACCGUUUAAAUAUCAUCAGCAAUUACACAAGAGUCCUCCUGGGUCGAUAAGAAAGAAAAUAUUUUCAAGAUAUCAUUUUUUAUAAAGAUAACUUCACGCACUCACAAGGAAAUCAGAGAAAAAUUUUGUGAAAUAAGUGACCUGAACAGAAAGUAUAUAACGAAGGCUUUUUUGGCCAUUUAAGGCAGAAAUUUAGAGCAAUUGCUGAAAGAAAAACUGCACAAUAAGAAAUUUUAAAUGAGGCCACAGCAGAAAUAAGCCUAAUUGUAUACCUAGAAGAAAGGAAUUUUUACACUCUAUAACAAACUAACGGUUACUUAAGGAAACAUUAUCAAUUAAUUGAAUAGAAAUUUUUGCUAAUUGUCAUUGUGUAAGUACAUUAAAUUCACUACGUAGUGCCGUGCGCGGAGUGCGGCAAAGGGAAUAAUAUCGAUUUGUAACAUAAAUCAAAUUCGUUGGCGACGACAACAAAUCAACAACAAAGAACAAAGCAUUUGAACGGCAAGUGGAAAACGACGGGAUACAGGGCGAACCCGUUACGAGUCACAGCGAAAGGACUUGGCUAAGUUCAGCGGUGAAAUGAACUGGAGCGCGAAGCUCUACUAAACGAAUAACAGCAACAACAAAUUUAGCGAACAUAACAACAAAUACAGAGCUAUAUAUACUGCUGUUUGAAGAAGACAUAGCGGAAAGGGUAACGUUUUCCCGGAAGAGCGGUGACAACGUACGGAAAAUACCGUAUUUUAAAAGCAAAAAGGACACUCAAAAGUGAAUUCAGAGAGAGCGGAAAUAAUAAAACACAUCAGGAGCGAAAAGGAAAACAGCGAGUGAGAGCGAGAGAGUGAGAGCGAGAGCGAGAGAGAACAAAUCGAGUAGGAGAACACAUUAAGUGCUUUCUUUAAAGCAAACACGACCAAAACGUUAUUUCAACAACAAUAAGUGCAUUCUACAACUGACUACCACGCUGAACGGGUACACGGUGUCGUAUUCGUAACAUUUUUUUUACGCCGCUCACCUUGACUUACAUUAACAACCAACUACUAAAUAUAGAAGAGUGUAUGUAAAUUGUAUUUAUUCGCAAGACUUCUACGCCAAAGCCAAAAAAUGUCGCCAUAAACAAAGCGCACAACUGGGUUGACUUGGCCAAGAACAAGUUGAAUUUCUACGAGGAUAUUUUUCAAUUUUUUUUUUUCAAUUGCUACCAAUUUAUACAUAGAUAUAAAUACAAUAAAACAACAAAAGAAUAGCUAAAUAUAAUAAAAGAUAAUAUACGCAUAAUAGCUUGCUAACAUUGUGUGCCAAAGGCAGAGCUGUAAAAAGUAAAUAUUGUAUAUUACUAGCAAAUCCCCUGUUAAAUAGUGUUAUUCACAUAAUAUUAUUAUUAUUUUUUGUUUUUAAAAUUUAUAAAUCUUCAAUCUUAUCGACGUCAACAAAACUGUUUAUUGGCUAUUGGUCGCCAUUGCAACACAGCAACAGCUGCUGCAACAAACACACUAUCAGCGCAGUUGUUGUUGUCGGUGUCGGUGUCGGAGCAUCGUUCGACUAUUUGGUGCCGUCGCCAGCUUCGUUAACUAAAAUAAAAAUUCCGCCGACGUUGGCAUUGUCGCAACUAUUCGCUUGCAUCAAAAAAAGCCGAUUUAAACCAAUGCAUUUAGGUUUCAAACGUGCAAAACGCCAAAACCAAAAACGUUUUUCGAUUAGUAAAAAAUGUCUUUGCCCCGAGAAUGGAAUUUUCCGAAUUCACGGGGACCGUUAUACGGCACGAGUGAAUCGUACCCAACUGGUGGAGUCCAGCACCAGUCGGGAGGGUUCAUUCGCACGUCCACGGACAGCGGUGUUGGAUGCGGCCUCUACAUUACUGACCAACACAAUCAUCACGCCGCCACCGAAAUACCACCAUCGCCGCCUCCAUCACUCGUCGGCGAUUCGUGUGAACUACCAACAACGGUUGCCUGUUCUCAACCCGCCCCACCAUCUUUGCUCACCGAGUGUCAACAGUCGACUGGUUCGUUAUUCUCAGUUGUCUCGGCGCCACCGGUACCGCUUGCUGAACAUGAUGUUAUGCAAGUGGAUGCGCUUAAAAGCGGAGGAAUCGCCAAAGCGAUGGGCAUUGGGGGUGGACUUGCACUGCAAGCGGGUGUUGGAAUGGGUUUAUCAACGAUGGGUGGUAGCGCGCAAAAUGCAUACUCUACCACGUCGAUGGAUACAAACAAGACGGCUACAGGUUUCGCUGCGAGUGCCACCAUCGGCAGUGCAAUGGACGGUACAGCCACUAUUGCGGGCACCACGACGCACGGCAUACAACGUCGACCGGCAACGUUGCCCAUUAACACGCCAUACUGUCCGGCACCGGUCAGUCGUACUUUGCACUCCAGCCUCUUGGAACAUCAAAUUACUGAAAUUGAAGAAGAGGACAAUGAAAAUUUGUUGACUGUCUCUAGUAUUACAGCGCGUCCUUUAAUCGCCAAAUCGCGUGAGAUACGUUCGAAUCGACAGCUGCAGCUGAUCGAACAGUCCGCGAAACGUGGAGCUAAACAAACGCGACGCACCAAUGCGCCCGCACGCGCCGCCGACGGCAACGCCGCCGAUACGGAUCAGUGUGUAGCGGGCAAGCGCACAACUUCAGCUUCAUCACGUUCCUCCGUUAAUACCGAUCCACCAGAUGGUGGUUAUGGGUGGCUCAUUGUGUUUAGCGCAUUUUCAGUUCAAUUUUGGGUUGCUGGAUUAGUUAAGUCGUAUGGUGUAUUUUAUGUGGAAAUCAUGGAAACUUUUCCGAGUUCGACGGCAACAGUGGCCUCCUGGAUACCAGCCAUACUGUCGGCACUAUGUUUAGUUUUGGCGCCCGUCUCAAGUGCGUUAUGUCAACGGUUCUCCUGCCGUGCUGUAGUUUUUGUUGGAGGACUCUUCUGUGCAUUGGGUCUCACAUUAAGCUACUUUGCCACCAGUCUACUACAUUUGCUCAUAACUUUCGGAGUUUUGACAGGCAUUGGUGGCGGUCUCUCCACAACACCCGGUAUUGUUAUUGUGUCGCAAUAUUUCGACAAACAUCGGGCGUUGGCAAAUGGCAUCUGCGUAUCGGGUACUGCGGCCGGAAGUUUUGUAUUACCAGUGCUUAUCAAACAUCUCGCAGCGAAUUUCGGCUUCCAUGGAACGAUUUUAAUUUUAGGUGGUUGCAUGUUUCACGUGUGCAUCUCAGCCAUGCUCUAUAGACCUAUAGAGGAUUACAAUAGUGAGAGUGGCAAGUUGAACGAGGAGGAAGAAGAAUCGGCUAAGCCACUGAAUGAUAUUAAUCCCAGUACAACUGGCAUGCUGACUGGCUCAACAUACUUGGACACAUGCGACGCAACGCUGAAUAAUAAGUUCAUCGAACAUUUGUUCCUUGAAGAAUCCAAAAAUCGUUUGAAUGACUUAUACUCUGGAAAGCAAAGUGUAAGCGAAAAGCAAAAUGCUCAAAAUGGUCAAGAGAGCGAUGACGAAAUAAAGGAUGUCAUAGGCGAAACCACCUUUAUUAAGCCAAUGAAGAAAGUGCGCAGCUCGGGUAUAAUGCAUUCGGUGGAAGAUCUCAGCACCGAUUCUACUUGGGUAUAUCGCAAGAAUUCUGGCACCGAUUCGAAUCGUGGUAGCCGCCGGCGACGUAAUGUCUUUGCCAAUGAUGAAAUCAUUUCGAAAAUACAAGCUCAUUUAGGAAAACCACUCUCUCCCCCCGCCGUUGUCACUCGUGGACUUAGCAAAAGUAUGGAAAUACCGACACCAGUGAGCAAUUUUACUGAUUUGAACAAACGCGGUGAAUUGCAUGACUUGAGUGGUGCUAUAGUAGCUCAGCCACCUAUGGAUGUUGGUACUUGUGAUGGUGAUGACGAUGAUGACGAUGAACCACGCACCUGCUGUGAGCGCAUCGAAUUGUACUUGGACAUUAGUUUGCUAAAAGAUACAACAUUCAUAUUGAUGUGCUUGUCUGUGACACUGAUGUCAGUCGGUUGUCCUUACAUGCUUUACUAUCUACCAGCGCACGCACUAUCAAAUGGUUAUAAUAAAAGUCAAGCUGGUUACCUUGUCGCCGUGAGUGCUGUUUUGGACUUAUGUGGACGUCUGGGCCUCGGCUGGUUGUCUGAUUUGCAACUCUUUGAUCGUAAAAAGACCUAUAUUUUUUGUAUACUUGGCGCUGGUAUUGCCGUACUGACCAUACCAUCAGAGAAUACGCUCUAUCUAGUGGGAUUAUCCGCUGCCGUUUAUGGAUUUUGUUUGGGCAGCUGGUAUGUGCUAAUGCCGGUGUUAUUGGCUGAUAUAUUUGGCACAGAUCGCAUUAGUUCCAGCUACGGUUUGGUGCGUAUGUUUCAAAGCAUUGGCGCUAUUUCGGUGCCACCGUUGGCAGGAUUUCUGCGCGAUCUCUCCGGUAGUUACGAUAUAUGUUUCUAUUGCAUGGGCGCUUGUAUGGUGUUGGGCAGUAUACCUUUGCUUGUGUCGGCACUGCUGGAAAGUCGCGAACGGGAUCCCUUCGAUCAACCGGAUGAAAGCGAUGAAAACUCGACGGUGUCCUAAGGAAUUCGGAAUGAAAAAUGUUCCAUACGGUGGAUUACUAACCUUUUAUCGGCUUCAGCACGAGAAAAGUAUAAGAAAAUAGCAAGUUUUUACGUAGCUUUUUAGCACUGUUUUGAUGUUGAUUUACAAUAGUGUUUUAAUGUGCUUCUAAAUUUCACUUAGUAUGUGCAGCCAAUAGUUUACAUAUAUAUAUAUGUAUGUAUAUGUAGACAAGUAGUGUAUUAAUCAACAAUACUUAAUAACUAACGGUACACAUAUUUGGUUCAACACCCGAAAAAUUUGGUCUAAUACAUAGUAGAUCAUAGAAUUUUUUGACUUUUGUGUCAAGAGAUAAAUGUUUGUACUCUCUACACUUGUUCCUGACUCAACAACAGUAUACGAAUUUAUUUUGGUAAAUUAAAUUUUAAGUCAAGUCAUUCUUAGCCAUACCUACGCUUGCAUUUCUGAGCUGUAUGGUAUCAUGCGAAUUAAUUUAAUUUUUUUUUUAAUAAUAGUUUUUGACAUAUAUAAAUUCAACUCG